AUGACUCUUCACUGCCCGAGUGGUGCAGACUGGCAUUUCGGACCUCGUGUGGUAGCUCAAUGCCGGCGCUUCGACUUCACCUUGUUCUUCGAGCAAAUCUUCUUCACCAUUGUUCCCAAUACUUUAUUCCUGCUUGUCUGUGUCUUGCGGAUUUUUCAGCUAUUCGGUAAGCCGAGACUGGCGCGAUACGGAGUGCUCCAUUGGACAAAACUGUCCUUAUUGUUUACCUAUGUCCUCGCGAACCUGAUACUGCUCAUACUGAUGAGCUCCUCCUCCAUACCGAAGACACCUGCAACAGUGACUGCCACUGCCCUAGAUCUACUCGUUGCCGCAUGCAUGUUGCCACUUUCGCACCUUGAGCAUGUCAAGAGCUUUCGACCUUCAGGACUACUGUCCGCCUUCAUUCUCUUGACACUCCUUCUUAACAUUGCACAAGUGCGCACCUAUUGGCUUCUCACAGAGGAUUGGAGAGGCUAUGCAGCAUGCUAUACAGCUGCUUUUGCCCUCAAGCUACUCAUGCUCGUCUCCGAAUCCUGGGACAAAACCGAGCUGCUGGCCAUGAAAGAUCAAGAACGAUGCGCUGAGGAAAGAGCAGGUAUACUGAAUCGAGGAGUCUUCGCUUGGCUAAAUGCUCUCUUUCUCAAAGGUUGCAAAGGACGCCUCAUCUUUGAUGACCUAUAUCCUGUAGAUGGCGCCUUGAGUUCCCAUGUGCUCUCCAAAAGCCUUUGGACAUCGUGGAGUAGUGGUAAUCACGACGGUCGGUAUGAUCUGGCUUUAUCAUUGUUCAGAUGCUUGAUGUGGCCAUUGCUGAUCCCUAUCACUCCACGACUUAUCCUUAUCGCCUUCAAAUUCUCUCAACCUUUUCUCGUUCAACGGGUGACAGAGUAUGUCAGUAAUAACAAUGCAGUCAAUGAUGAUGACAUUGGCUUUGGUCUGAUAGGAGCUUAUGGUCUGGUCUACAUUGGACUCGCUAUUAGUAAAGGAUUUUACUGGCACUUCCAAUAUCGCUUCAUCACCAUGGUGAGAGGAGCAUUAGUGACGAUAAUUUACCGGAAAACUCUUUCUGUCGAUGCUUCUUUAGUCUCUGGAUCCCAAGCGACUACUCUCAUGAGUGCAGAUAUCGAACAGAUCGCUGUCGGAUUCCAAUACUUACAUGAAAUCUGGGCAAACACAAUAGAGGCUAUUGUGGGUCUUUGGCUCUUGGAGCAACAGAUUGGCUUAUCGUUCCUCGCAGCAGCUGUUAUCGUUAUAACUCUUGCUUUGUAUACCGCCGAUGUCGCUGCAUCUCGACAAAAAGUCUGGCUAGUAGCAAUGGAGCAAAGAUUGCAUGAGACUACAAGGUUCCUAAAGUCUAGUAAGAGUAUCAAGAUGCUGGGACUCGAGUCAAUGGUUUUUGAGACCAUCAGCAAGCUGAGAGCGACUGAGUUGGGUAAGGGCAUGCACUGGAUGAUUCAUUCUUUGAACCAAAUUGACUGUGGGCCCUCAGGCUUCACACCUCAGCUUCUGAGCCCCCCCGUCGUGUUUGGGAUUUUCAUCUUCACACAUCGGACUAAUGGCACAGCGCUGGAAUCCACUCGGUUAUUUGGAUCUAUAGCGAUCCUAUCGCUAGUCACAGCACCCCUCGCCCUCCUUUUCCAAGCUCUCCCAAGCGUCCACUCGGCUUUCAAAUGUUUCCAUCGCAUACAGACAUAUCUCCGGCUACAAGAUGUGAGAGAUCCGAGAGUAAGACAGCAGAGUACCCCCAACGUGGCAGUAGAAGCGUCAAAGACAAACGUGACAGCGGGGCAUGUGAUGAUCCCCACAUUCACAGUCACGGAUGCCUCAUUUGCGUGGAAGCUCGAUGCUCUUCCUGUCUUGAGGGGCAUCAAUUGUUCUGUCCCGUCCGGAAGAUUGACAAUACUGAUUGGGCCUGUCGGCAGCGGAAAGUCGACCUUAUUGCAAGCUUUACUUGGUGAGAUAACUCAGGUAAAGGGAGAGGUAAGGCACUUGACUUCUGAAAUCGCAUUUUGUGCUCAGCAUCCUUGGUUGACAAACACAACAAUCCGCUCGACUAUCAUUGGAUCUUCGGAGGCAAAUGAUACAUGGUAUGAGACUGUGUUAGCAGCCUGCGACCUUGACGAAGACAUCAAGAAUCUGCCGGAAGGUGACAAGACUGUUGUUGGAAGUGCAGGCACGGCUUUAAGUGGAGGACAAAAGCAGAGAUUGACACUUGCACGAGCCGUAUACUCCAGAGCUCCCGUUCUCCUGCUGGACGAUAUCUUCAGUGGGCUGGACAGACGCACAGAAGACCGCAUUUUGGACAGCCUCUUUGGUGUACAAGGUCUUCUGAGAAAGACUGAUAGAAGCACAGUUGUCCUUGUCACUCAUGCAGAGAGACAUCUCAAGUUAGGCGAUCACAUCAUUGCGCUGAAUGCAACCGGAGAGGGGUGUAAGGAGGGACCCUCGAGCCUAUUCAUGGCUCAAUUGGCUGGGUCUUUGGGUCAUGAAACAGUCAGUAACCGCAACCCCACUCCUACUCUCGAUAAUACGGGUACACCUCAUAACCAGCAAGGAUCUUCCGAGCCUGAGCCUCCACGCAGAGCAGUACCGGCCGGAGACACGACCAUAGCUCUUUCAGAUCGCCAGGUAUUCACUCACUACAUGCGAGCUGUAUCUCUACAACAUUUUGUCUUGUUGAUCAUCGGAGUGGCGGUAGCUGGCUUUCUGCAACGCUUCCCGACCUAUUGGGCAGAGCUCUGGGGCGAAGCUAAUAAGAAUGGUAAUACAUCCCCAAAUAACGACUAUUACUGGGGCAUUUUCACUAUGCUCCAACUUCUUGCUUUAGUCACAAUCUGCUGGGCGGUAUGGCAUCUUUUCAUGUACGUUAUUCCAACAUCAGGUAAACGUUUACAUUCGGAAGUGUUGAAAGUAACCUUGGGAGCGUCAUAUGCGUUUCUCAGCAAAACGGAUGUUGGCUCCAUUACGAACCGGUUUUCACAGGACCUGCUGCUCAUCGACAUAAGGCUACCAUUGUCCUUCCUGAACUUUGGUCUUUAUCUCGUGACGGCUAUUGUUGGAUAUGCCUUGAUUGCGGCGGCUUCUGUGUUGCUGUUGGCUACAGCCCCUAUCCUUCUGACUGCCAUCUACUUGAUCCAGAAAUUCUAUCUCCGUACGUCGAAGAGCAUGAGGCUCUUCGAUCUACAGGCCAAAGCUCCCCUCUACUCACAAUUUACUGAUGCACUCGGCGGUUUGGCAACUAUCCGUAGCUUCCAAUGGAUGGAUAAGCUCCAGACGGAGAACGAAAUUCUGCUCGAUGUCUCACAACGACCUUAUUACCUGAUGUACUGCAUUCAGCGAUGGUUGACAUGUGUUCUGGAGCUUAUGGUCGCCGGACUUGCCGUUACCGUCGUGGGCUUGGCAGUCGCGUAUCGGAACACAUCGAACGCAUCGGCUUUCGCUACGUCGAUGGUCAGCCUCAUCACCCUUGGAGCGACACUUGAAACCGUAGUUACCGAGUACACGCAACUUGAGACCUCGAUCGGGUCUGUUGCAAGGAUCAAAACCUUCGUUGAGACAACGCCACAAGAGGAUAGGAUUCUGGAAGAUAUCAACGCAUCCAACCUCAUGGACAGACAGUCAAUCGAGAUGCACCCGCUGGCUAGCCAAAAUGUUGUCGAAUUCAGGAACGUCUCAGCAAGCUACGGGUCUAGCAACAGAAAGGUGCUCGAUGAUGUGUCGCUCCAAAUCCGGACUGGUGAGAAGGUGGCCGUGUGUGGUCGAAGCGGCAGUGGCAAGUCAACCUUACUUUCAGUAUUGCUUAGAAUGCUGGACGUUACCAAUGGAAGUCUGAUCGUUCGAGGGGAACACACGACCCACACUGACCUCUGCGCCCACCGGACCAAGUUCAAUACGAUUCCACAGGAACCCUACUUCUAUCAAGGCUCCUUUAAGGCUAAUCUGAGCCGCGGGAGUGCCAUCACAGAGGAGAAGCUCCAUGAAGUGCUCCGCGAAGUGGGUUUGGAGCAGAAGAUCCUUGAUCUUGGUGGACUGGACCAAGAGUGUUUAGCUGAAAUGUUUUCGUCUGGUGAAUGCCAACUUCUCUCUCUCGCCAGAGCGAUCCUCCACCCGAGAGGGAUUGUGUUGCUCGAUGAGGUGAGCAGCAACGUCGAUUCUAUAACAGACGAGAAAAUGCACGAUAUCAUGUGGAAGGAAUUCAAAUCUGACACAAUAAUAGCAGUGGUUCACAGGCAAGAACUGCUUCACCGCUUCGACAGAGUAGUUGUCCUUGAUCAAGGCAGGGUUGUACUCCAAGCACGACCUUCGGACCUGGAGUUUGCAGGACGACGAUACAAUGAGUAA